AUGAGUGUGUGUGUGUGUGUAUGAGCGUGUGUGUGUAUGAGCGUGUGUGUGUGUGAGUGUGUGUCUAUAUGAGUGUGUGUGUGUGUGUGUGUGUGUGUAAAUGUGUGUUUAUAUGAGUGUGUGUGUGUGUGUAUGAGUGUGUGUAUAUGAGUGUGUAUGUGUGUGUGAGUGUGUGUCUCGGGGUCGCGCGCGCUGAGGAGGCUGACGGAGGCGCGCGCGCGUCACAUUCUUCAGAUGGUCCGUUAAUCAUCAUAAAUUAAGAGAAAAAAUCACGGAAAUCGGCGACAAACCGCAGCGAGCGCAGUGUCAGCGCAGGAACUCUCUGCUCAUUACUUUCUCUGUGAACAGAAUGACUGAAGAUGGACGUUCCUGAAUAUCUGGAUCUGGAUGAAAUUGAUUUCUCUGAUGAUAUACAUUACGCAUCAAAAAACAUUCCAGAAUUGUGUCGAAGACAUGAUGGACAAAGUGAGGAGAGACAAGCUCCAGCCAUCAAUUGGGCUCGAAGUGCACCAUCUCACAGUGGCGCAGGAAUCAAACCCACCGGCAUCGCCGACGUCUACAGCAAAUUCAGACCCGUCAAACGCGUGUCUCCUCUCAAACACCAGCCCGAGGUCUCGGAGACGGACGCAGACGGUAAGAGCGGCGAGCAGAAUGCACAAGUAAACAAAGAUGACGACACCGUUACUGACGUUCAGGGGCUGAAGAGUAAAGUCUGUGUGAAUGGAGCUGUGUUCGGAGAGCUGGAGCACUACGAUCUGGACAUGGACGAGAUCCUGGACGUGCCCUACAUUAAAUCCAGCCAGCAGAUGGCCACUCUCCCUCGCUUGAGCUCUGAGAAGAGAUCCUCCACCGAGCUGUGCCACGGCGUUAAAGGCUCGUCUCUCACGCACACGGAGAGCUUCAGCGGCGGGACGCAGUUCUGUGUUCUGUCACCCGUCAACUGGCCUGACAUGAGGAAGUCCAAGUCUGUAGAUCAGGAUCACCUCAGAACACAAGCCGGCGGAUUUGAGCACUCUCCAAACUCACUGCACGCCACUGAGACGGACAGACUCGUGUCCGGCCUGCCCUUCCCAGAUACACCGACUCAUAAAGCCGGAGCCGAUUCUCCCGGCAGCCAGACGACGUUCCCUCUUCAGGGAGGUAAAGCAGCAGCGCGGCAGGACAAGAGCUGGGGAGCAGCACGGGCGUUUGGAGAAUGCGAUGACGAAACCAAGAAGAACCACAACAUCAUGAACAUCGUCAGAGAAGGGCAGAUCUCACUCCUGCCUCACUUUGCAGCUGAGAAUCUGGAGCGAAUCAGAGACGAGGACAGAAACAAUCUGCUGCACAUCUCUGCAGCUCAGGGUCACGCAGACUGUCUGCAGCAUCUGACCUCUCUGAUGGGCGAGGACUGUCUGAACGAACGCAACGAGCAACAGCUCACACCCGCUGGACUCGCCGUCAGGAACGGUCAUCUGGAGUGUGUGCGCUGGAUGGUGAGUGAGACGGAAGCGAUCGCUGAACUCAGCUGCACCAGAGAGCAUCCGAGUCUCAUCCACUAUGCUGCACGCUACGGACAGGAGCGUGUUCUGCUGUGGCUGCUGCAGUUCAUGCAGGAACAGGCCAUCUUUCUGGACGAGGUGGAUCAGAACGGCAACACCGCGGUUCACGUCGCGGCUCAGUACGGUCAUCUGACCUGCGUUCAGACGCUGGUGGAGUACGGCUCUAACGUGACGGUGCAGAAUCACCAGAGCGAGCGUCCGUCGCAGUGCGCCGAGCAUCAGGGUCACAGCACAUGCUCGCGGUAUCUGGUCGUCGUGGAAACGUGCAUGUCGCUCGCAUCACAGGUCGUCAAGCUCACCAAACAACUGCAGGAACAAACUACAGCACGAGUAGCUCUACAGAGUAAACUUCAGCUCGUUUUACAUGGACAAGAACCAAACGGAAGCGCUCAUGCUGCUGCGGCUGAGACGUGGCCAGAGAUGACGUUAACCGCUGAAGUCGCUGCUGAUAACGGCCAGUGGAUUCUGAGACAGAGACAUGUGGAUGCAGACGCUGGACUGAGGAAGGGUGCAGCGGAGGGCACCAGUGGGGUGGAGUUAGGGGCGGGGCCUGUCAGCGGAACGAUGAGGAGGCUGGGUGUGGCGGAGAGGCAGGAACUAAAGCUCGCACGUCUGAAACAGAUCAUGCAGCGCUCGCUCAGUGAGUCGGACAGUGACGCGUACCCUCAGGACGAGUCCAAACACUCCAGACCCGAGAGACCGACCCAUCUGCCCAUCGCUGAGGCCGAGGAGCCCCCUGGCGGCUCACAGUUAAUGGUGAAACACAAGCACAAAACUUCCAAAUCUACGGACGUUUACAACCCGUCUCCAUCAUCGGACAACAGCGACCCCGAUCGCGACGCUAAAACCUACGUGGCGGGAGAAUCUCCUGAUAGGCCAAAGGUCACCACGAGUCCCAAGAGCGCUCUGAAAUCACCGACCUCUAGACGAAAGACCUCGCAGAACCUGAAGCUCAGAGUGACGUUUGACGAACCGCCGCGUAAAGACGGACCUGCGGCGGACGUGAAAGUCACCACCGGCAAAGAAAAGACGGAAUCGGGGAAACGGCCCUUCGGAACGUUCCGCUCCAUCAUGGAAACACUGAGCGGGAACCAGAGCAGCAACAAUAACACUCCGACUAGCGCUGGUAAACAGUCCAACGCGGCUUCAGCACAGAGUCCAGCGGGGAAAAAGAGCGAAUCCAAGAGCAAAAACAAGCCAAGUGCCGUCUAGAGUCGACCGAUGUGCUGUUUCAGAACAAUCCAGCUAUUAUUAAUAAUGUAGAGCAUGAGAUUAGAAAUCAGGUGCUUUUGAAAAUCAUUGAAACAUCCUUAAAACAAGAUACAUUUACCUGGGAUGCAGUAUUGCGUGUGAUGUUAUGUAGGGAUGCAACAAUAAUGUUUUUGCACGAUACAUUUCAAGAUUUUAACAAAAAACUAAAGGCAGAUACCAAAAUGAUGCCACGUAUUUGUUGCCACUUACAGUGAAAGAUUAGAGUUAUUUUGCACUUCUGUUUUGUCCUCGUGUGACCCCGUGUACACAUGCGUGGACGCCGUGUUUUGGCUUUGCUAUACGCAAUGCAUAAUUUAAUUUAAUUUAAACUGACUGAUCUCAGUUCAGGAGACUCUGUGCUGUUAGUAAAGCAUUAAAAUUUUGACACACCGAGUCAUGUGACAAAAACAACAUGGCAGCGAUCACAGGAGUUUGUGUUUGGGAUGAACGCCAACAAAACUACAUCUGUUAAUAAACCUCAUUACAUUUUUACAUUGAAACCUGUUUGAGUCAAAAGAUUAAGGUCUCUAGUGUCCUUCAAUAUGACAUUUAAAAAAGAAUUUAUAUUUUUUAUUUGAGCGAUUAAUUGCAAAACGGCAUGCUGUUAAACACAAUGACCACAUUUGUGGACUGUGUUCAGUUUCAGUUCAAAUAUCCAAUAUUUACUAUCUGUACAUCAUCACACUGAGAAUACAUAUAUAAAUGUGUCUUUCAGAGGCUUUAUAUGGAGUUAUGAUGAACAUAAGAUGCAUUUCAAACUGUUCUGAGACCAGUGCAGACAGACAGCACACUGGAGGUCAAGUCAUGCACUAAAUAGGGAGCAAGGGAGCAUCCUGUAGCUCUCCUAUAACUGUUCUGAGACCAGUGCAGACAGACAGCACACUGGAGGUCAAGUCAUGCACUAAAUAGGGAGCAAGGGAGCAUCCUGUAGCUCUCCUAUAACUGUUCUGAGACCAGUGCAGACAGACAGCACACUGGAGGUCAAGUCAUGCACUAAAUAGGGAGCAAGGGAGCAUCCUAUAUCUCUCCUAUAACUGUUCUGAGACCAGUGCAGACAGACAGCACACUGAAGGUUAAGUCAUAUACUAAAUAGGGAGCAAGGGGGUAUCCUAUAUCUCUCUGUAACUGUUCUGAGACCAGUGCAGACAGACAGCACACUGGAGGUUAAGUCAUUCACUAAAUAGGGAGCAAGGGAGCAUCCUAUAACUCUCUAUAACUGUUCUGAGACCAGUGCAGACAGACAGCACACUGGAGGUUAAGUCAUGCACUAAAUAGGGAGCAAGGGGGUAUCCUAUAUCUCUCUGUAACUGUUCUGAGACCAGUGCAGACAGACAGCACACUGGAGGGUAAGUCAUGCACUAAAUAGGGAGCAAGGGAGCAUCCUAUAGCUCUCCUAUAACUGUUCUGAGACCAGUGCAGACAGACAGCACACUGGAGGUUAAGUCAUUCACUAAAUAGGGAGCAAGGGAACAUCCUAUAGCUCUCCUAUAACUGUUCUGAGACCAGUGCAGACAGACAGCACACUGGAGGUUAAGUCAUUCACUAAAUAGGGAGCAAGGGAGCAUCCUAUAACUCUCUAUAACUGUUCUGAGACCAGUGCAGACAGACAGCACACUGGAGGUUAAGUCAUGCACUAAAUAGGGAGCAAGGGAGCAUCCUAUAUCUCUCUAUAACUGUUCUGAGACCAGUGCAGACAGACAGCACACUGGAGGUUAAAUCAUGUACUAAAUAGGGAGCAAGGGAGCAUCGUAUAGCUCUCCUAUAACUGUUCUGAGACCAGUGCAGACAGACAGCACACUGGAGGUUAAGUCAUGCACUAAAUAGGGAGCAAGGGAGCAUCUUAUAGCUCUCUAUAACUGUUCUGAGACCAGUGCAGACAGACAGCACACUGGAGGUUAAGUCAUGCACUAAAUAGGGAGCAAGGGAGCAUCCUAUAGCUCUCUAUAACUGUUUUGAGACCAGUGCAGACAGACAGCACACUGGAGGUUAAGUCAUGCACUAAAUAGGGAGCAAGGGAGCAUCCUAUAUCUGUCUAUGCAGUUAAGUGCGUUCAAUCCUAAAAUCGGAUCAAAAGUUCAGUUUCAGGCUGCAGAUGAUGUUUGGAUCACUCAGUGAUCAUCAGUUCAUAGAUUCAACAUUUAUAAUGUGUCAUUUUAUUGGAUGAUGCUGGACGUUACUUUCAAUCUGAAUUAAUUAUGAUAAUUUAUGAUGUAACAUCUCAUGAAUAAUCAACACUCCUGGACACAUCAUAAACUGUUUGAUGAAAAAAUCAAACUUUCUAUAGUUUGAUAUUAUUUAAACAUUUCUCAGCUUAGUCCCGCUGUCCAUGUAUGAGUACAUCAGUUUUCAGGACAACGAUUUGGUUUAUUUUCUGCAUGUUUAUUCGGUGCUACUAGUUACAAAUCAAAAAGAGAAAUGGACAAUUCACACAGCAGUCACACGCGUGUCUGAGAGGAUAGAACUCACUGUUUACAUAUUAGAAUAAAACAUAUUGUGCAUAUUCAACAUGCAUUUUUGGAUUUAAUUUAUUUAGUUAUGUGUUUCUUUGUAUUACACAGAAAAAUGAUUACCAACUUUUUUAAAGUGCAAUAAAUGUACAUAAUUAUUAAUAGUACAUAAUUAUUUUUUUCAUAUCUGCGUUUUCAUAUAUGAAUGAUAUUCCAGUGGUGUUCAUUUGGUCAAUAUCUGUCCGAUAAUAUCAGUGGGCAGUACAUCGGGGCAUCCUUAAAAUAAAAGUAAACAUACAACUGACACAUUUCUACCCAUACAGCUGGACAAAAUAAACAUAUUUAAAAUGAUCUGAAAACAAAUCUCGCUUCUCAGGUAAAUGUAUCUUGUUUUAUUAACGAUUCGAUAUUUUUACAGGAAACAAGACAGAGAUGGACAAAGAAAUAUGAUGUGUUUUAGGACUCUUUAAAUAAGGAUUCCCCUCUCUGGAUUACUGUAAAUGUACAUUUUGAAACACUAAUUUUACAAUACUGUGAUUUUGUACAAGCUCAAUAAUCAUCAGAAGCAACGAUGUGUUUCAGAGGCGGUCUGUAAUGAAUGAAUGAAUGUUCACUGACCUCUUCGAUUCAUGUGUUAAUCAUAUCUGAAUGUGUUCAGUGCUGAUCGGACCUGCUUGAGACGUGAUCAAAGUGUUUCUAAUGUAACAUUUAUAAUUCACAGAACUCUCACCGUCAGUAAGUUUAUAUGUAAUCUGUAAUGUUUGAGUAAAUGAAGGAUUUAUCGUUUAAGUACGUUUGAAAACAAGAUGCAUUAUAUUAUUGCAAUCAUUGUAAUGACAUUUGGAGUUUGAAAUAUGUUUUCAACUGUUACAAGAAACAGAUAGUAGCAUCACAAGAAAAUAUUAAAAUAUUUACA